AUGACAGCCAUCCUGGAACGCCUCAGCACCCUGUCCGUCAGCGGGCAGCAAUUCCGCCGCCUCCCGAAGCUCCUGGAGGAAGGCUUCCCCCAAAUGCCCGGCACCGUCAAAGAAUCGGACGUGCCCCAGCUCUUCCGGGAGCCGUACAUCCAAGCCGGCUACCGCCCCACGGGUCAGGAGUGGCGCUACUACUUCCUCAGUCUCUUCCAGAAACACAACGAGGUGGUCAACGUCUGGACGCACCUGCUGGCCGCUUUGGCCGUGCUUUUGAGGUUCAGCGCUUUCGCCGAGGCCGAAGAGUUGUCCUUGGAGGUCCACUCCUUGCCCCUCUUCGUCUUUGUCCUCUCCUCGGUGACGUACCUGACGUGCAGCCUACUGGCUCACCUCUUGCAGUCCAAGUCGGAGAUGUCGCACUACACAUUCUACUUCGUAGACUACGUCGGGGUCAGCAUCUAUCAAUACGGGAGCGCCCUGGCCCAUUUCUACUACAGCGCCGACCAAGCGUGGUACGACAAGUUCUGGCUCUUCUUCCUGCCGGCGGCCGCUUUCUGCGGGUGGCUCUCGUGCACGGGCUGCUGCUACGCCAAGUACCGCUACCGGCGCCCUUACCCCAUCAUGAGAAAAGUGUGUCAGGUGAUCCCAGCGGGGCUGGCGUUCAUCUUGGACAUCAGCCCGGUGGCGCACCGCGUGAUCGUCUGCCACCUCGAAGGGUGUGAGGAGGCGGCUGCCUGGUACCACACCUUCCAGAUACUCUUCUUCCUCAUCAGCGCUUAUUUCUUCUCUUGCCCGGUGCCCGAGAAGUAUUUCCCGGGCUGCUGCGACAUCGUCGGCCACGCUCACCAGAUUUUCCACACCUUCCUGGCCAUCUGCACCCUCUCGCAGCAGGAGGCCAUCUUCUUGGAUUACAAAAACAGGCAAGACAUUUUCCUCAGGCGGCACAGCCCCCUCUCGGUCGUCCUGUCCUGCGGCUCCUUCUUUGGCCUAGUGGCCUGCAGCGCGGCCACUGCGCGCCUCUUGCAGCGCAAAAUUAAGGUGGAGUUGGUCAGAAAGGAAGACUGA